AUGCGCGAACCAGCUUUCUCCUUCAGACUGCAUCUUUUUGCUGCUAUGAUUCUACUUGUCGAUGUCUUUUCAGCGCUCUCCAUCACGACUCAAACUUUCCGAAACGUGCAGCGGCAUUCAACUGAUCGCCAGCUGAGAGCGCGGGAUUCACAAGCAAAGAAUUAUGUGAUUCGCGACGAAGAAAGGAUGCCACUCCGUAAACUUCCGUAUGAUUUGAACCUGAGUCUAUCCUCCCCGCCGGUUGCAACAUUGAGAACUGCUUUAGAGUUGUUAUAUCCUCAAGCUGGACCGUCGCAGCUCUGGCAUUUUGAAUUUGUGACACAAAUGAAACGUGAACUGUCCGUCAUGCAGUCGCACCCAAAAAAACUGAUUUUUGAUCAAUUGAUUGGCGCGAUGCGUUCAAUGAACCGCAACAUGCAUAUGAAGUGGAACCACGCAUCAGAUAUAUCCGAGUUGAGCCCCUAUACUCAACUAAUCCUCCCCAUCGCUCUAAAGCUCAGACAGAGACUGAGUGAAGGUGCAUCAAAUGAUGCUGAUUGGAUGUCUCUUUUGAUGAGAUUGAUACCUUACGGGUUUCUUCGUAAAGAAGUGGAACUAUUAUUGCGCACUGCUGGUUACGACAACGUGCAGAACUAUAUCGCUUUAUACGAUCAAAUGUUGUCUAAAGUAUCAGCUGAGGACACUUUAAAGUUUCAGCUUCUAGAUUCCAACAUCGCACCAAAUUUCCAGGAACUCAAUAAAGAAUUCCUUUAUCGCUCUGUAUCCUUGCUCGCAAGCAAAACAGACGGCGUAACAGCGGAUUCAAUUGUUCAGACUACUUGCUGGAGCUUUAUACUGAUACAGUUGACCAAGGCUAAGUACCCACAGGAUGAGCUGCAGAAAAUUCUUGAAGACUCGAUGCCUGCGGAAAAAGUGGUCGCAGUUAUGAAGUCCUAUAAGGAAGGCUUUCCGAAUCCUGCACAUCGCUAA